AUGUCAAACACGACGGCUUCCGCCAAAGUCGGGAAGCCGCCUAACAAUACCAGGGAUUUCAACAUCAUCAGGGGCAUCUACCGCCAAUAUGGUGUUACCACGGUCGACCCCAGCCUAGGUUACAUAUUCGCCGCCAAAGAGCCCCCGAACGCGGUUCACGAAUCGAAGCAGGCAGCCAUCAUCGCCGGCAUGGUCAUUGUAAUGCUUGCCAUCAUCAUUCCGACCGUAGCAAGGCUGGUUGUCAAAUGGCGUGGGUCUCAAACGAAAUUCGGGUGGGAUGAUUGGGUUAUUGCCGCUGCUUCGAUCCUCGCCGUCGUAUACCCUAUCCUUCAAAUCCUAGUUGUUGUAGAUGCCGGAGGUGGACUUCACACCUGGGAAAACACUUACGACGACUACCAAUUUUAUUCGUAUUACCUGACCAUCUGUCGACUUCUCUACUAUCCCACGGUCGGUAUCAUCAAGAUUUCCAUCACGUUGUUCAUCCGCCGUCUUGUCGACACAGCAUACAAGACCUGGAAAAUCAUCGCCGAUAUAUUUUUUGCCAGCCUAAUUGCUUACGUUCUACUUGCCGUCUUCUGGGGCAUAUUUAUUUGCAGCCCUCCAAGGGUUGUAUGGGACAGAGAAUACGCGGGGAGCCUGCAAGAGCCAGCGACAUGUGGAAACCAGCUGUUGCAAGCCAAGGUUCUUAGCAUAAUCCACGUCGUCCAGAGUAUCCUACUUCUAGCGACGCCCAUCAUUAUCUUGUGGAAUGUUCGCAUAGACUGGGGCAAGAAGACGAGGCUUUUCAUCAUCUGGGCGGCUGGAGGCCUCACAGUUUCCGGCGGCUUGCUACAGCAAACGCAAAAGUUUACAUCUACUGACAUAUUUUGGGAUUAUACAGUUAUCCUGAGGUGGACGGUGCUUGAUAUAUCCAUGGGUUUUGUCACUGCCUCCCUGCCAGUAUUGGACGCAGCCAUCAUGGGCUCAUGGCAUACAGCCAAGUCUUCGCUCGGGUUCUCCAACCCGGACAGACACGGUAACAGCAGAAACACCACGAACGCAGAGCAAACAAUUUCCUCCAAGUCACAAAAGCUCCACACCAGUUCAUCCGAGAAUAUCAUCGGAAAGGAUAAUGGAGUUGAGUUGGAUACUAUACAGCACAACAGGCACGAGGAGCCAAGGGAAAGUUCGGAUGCGGAUACCACAGGCCGUGAUCGGAAGCAUGGAGUGAAUACUAUGGUAUGA